AUGGCACCUGGCUAUAAGUACUACUCGGGCAUCGCUAUCGGAGCAGCUUACAUAUUUUCAUCAAUGCGACCCUUACCCUCUUCCGGUAACCGACAUCGUCCAUCCAUGCGACGGUCGGAGAAAAGCCUUGCAAAAUCAAGCACCAGAGCUGAUGGUCUCUACUCUGGGAGAUAA